AUAUUAAAUCCUUAUUUUCCCUUAUAUUCAACUGAAACCAGAUUAUAAACUAUCUUAAGCCCAACAAAAGAAAUCACUCCUCUCACAAACCUCAAACAAUGGAAGUGGUGAAGAACUUGGACAUCCAAAGAUACAUGGGAAAGUGGUACGAGAUAGCUUCCUUCCCAUCUUUCUUUCAACCUAAGAAGGGGGAGAACACCAGCGCUUUUUACACUCUGAAGGAAGAUGGGACGGUGCAUGUGCUUAAUGAGACUUUUGUUAAUGGCAAGAAAGAUUCCAUAGAAGGCACCGCCUACAAGGCUGAUCCCAAGAGUGACGAAGCCAAGCUCAAAGUCAAAUUCUACGUUCCUCCUUUCUUGCCUAUCAUUCCUGUUACUGGGGAUUACUGGGUUUUAUACAUUGAUGAGGAUUAUCAAUAUGUUCUUGUUGGUGGUCCUACCAAGAAGUACCUUUGGAUAUUAUGCAGGCAGAAACAUAUGGAUGAAGAAAUCUACAACAUGUUGGAGCAGAAGGCUAAAGACUUGGGGUAUGAUGUGAGCAAACUGCAUAAGACACCACAAAGUGAUUCUACACCAGAAGGAGAGCAUGUCCCCCAAGAGAAAGGGUUCUGGUGGAUAAAAUCCCUGUUCGGGAAGUAGGAAAAGAUGAAUCAUGGUGAAGUGUACAAAAAUAAAUAUAUUGGCAUCAAAAUCCAGUUUGUCUUUUUUUAUUGAAGUCGAUUCUCAUCUUGUGCUAGUGGUAGUGUCCUAAAGAGAGACAUUGUUGUAUGAAUGUAAGCUUGUGUAUUGUUAUAUCCAUACCUGAAGUACAGUUUUAGUGGAA